UCAUUUUACUAAAUCGAACACAACGAGUGAAGAUCGAUAGACAUUUCUUUGAAAAGUAAUUAAAAAAAACUACAUAAAAAAAAAAUUAAAAAAAAAUAUUAAAUUUUCUUUAAAAAAAGUUUUGAAAAAAAUUGUAAAAAUUAUUGAAUUACAAGAAUUAACGUCAAAUCUUCCAAAUAACCCGUUAACAAGUCCAGUUAUUAAUGUAACACCCAUGAGUGCAAAACAAAAUAGCUGUGGAGAAAUGUUUAAAUCACGUAUUGAAUUUAAUCCACGCUUCGGACGCAGUCUGGUAACUAGUGAGCACGUCAGCAAGGGUGAUGUUGUGGUCGAUGAACUGCCAUUUGCUUGGGGACCAAAACAAAAUAGCGGCAUUGUGUGUUUAGGUUGUUAUCGCGAUUUACACUUUGACGAAGAUGGUGAUUCCAUGGAUCGUUGUGCUAAAUGUGAUUGGCCCCUGUGUGGUGAAUGUGAAGAUUCGCUUGAUCAUCAGGGGGAAUGUAAAAUUUUCUCCCAAUCGAAUGUAAGAUUUGCUGGUAAUGUGGGUGAAGAUGGAAUCUGUACUCAAUUGGAUUGCAUAACACCUUUGAGAGUACUUCUGGCCAAAGAAAUCUAUCCCGAACGAUGGGAAAGAGAGGUAGCUACCAUGGAAUAUCAUGACAAGGAACGUCGGGAAAAUUUCGAUAUCUGGCAUGCAGAUCUGGUCAAUAUAGCACAGUAUCUAAGAGGGCCUUGUAAACUAGGUGAACGUUUUACCGAAGAUCUCAUUAUGCAAGUUGUGGGAAUUUUAGAAGUAAAUGCCUUUGAGGCGAAAUCUUUGCAAGGAUUUGCACUCAGAGCAUUGUAUCCCAUAACAGGUAUCUUAUCGCACAACUGUGUGCCAAAUACAAUGCGCAGUAUAUAUCCCAGUGAAGAUUAUAGAAUACGUUUGCGUGCUAUGGUAGACUUGGAACCUGGUCAACAAUUGCAGCAUUCUUAUAGUUACACUUUGAAUGGAACCAGCCAAAGACAGGAACAUUUGAAAACGGGUAAAUACUUUUCCUGUGAUUGUAAACGUUGCAAAGAUCCUACCGAAUUGGGCACCAAUUUUAGCACUUUCAAAUGCAGCAAAUGUGAAGAUGGUUGGCUUUUGUGGACAGAUCCUUUGGAUCCCAAUACUGAAUGGAAAUGUACAUUAUGUGAAUUUAAAACCUCUAGUGAUGCCAUACGCAGAGCUCUGGCCGUUAUGCAAGCCGAAGUUUCCGAAUUACAAGCCACCGAAAUGUCAGCGGCUCGAUUACAAGAAACCGAAAAACUAUUGAAAAAAUAUCGUGUGGUUUUGCAUCCCUUACACUAUAUUAUGAUAUCGUUAAAACAAAAUCUCAUCGAAAUGUAUGGUCGUGUAAAGGAAUAUGAAAUGGUCGAAUUGCCCGAUGUUCUACUUGAACGCAAAGAGGAAUUGUGCCGUCAUGUUUUGCGUGUAAUGAAUGUUUUUGAGCCUGGCCUAAGUCGUAUGCGAGCCAUGAUUUUAUACGAAUUACAUGUGCCGGUUGUUUUAUUGGCUAAAAGUGGUUUUAUAGCUGAGGUUUUAAGCGGGAAAAAACUUAAGGAAAAACUAUCGGAAGCCGUAGCAAUUUUAAAGGAUUGUGUGGAAAUUCUACAACAUGAAGAUUCACAGUCACAGGAAGGUGUUUUGGGUUUGAUAGCCAAACAGGCUAUGGAACAACUAACACAAAGUGUUGAAGGUUUGGGGGAUUGUUAAAAUAAAAUACAUAUACGCACAUUAAUUUAGUUUUAUAUUAUAAAUACGUAUGAAUGAAAUAAAUGAAAAGUUUAGAAAAGAAAGAUAAA